AUGGGUGAUGAUAUCACUCCAUAUAUAGCAGACUUUGGCAUUGCAAAAGUGGUUUUUGGAAACUCUCUUGAUUCAUUGGCUUCUACAAAUGCACUUCAGGGAUCUUUUGGUUACAUGGCACCAGAAUAUGCAAUGGGUGGAAAGAUUGAGACAACAGGAGAUAUAUUUAGUUAUGGUAUUUUAUUACUGGAGCUUUUGACAAGGAAGAAGCCAACAGAUGCAAUGUUUAUAGAAGGAUUGACUCUUCCUAAAUGGGUAAGUAUGAAUUUUCAAGAUGACAUAGCAGAAGUGGUGGAUUACACCCUACUUAGAAAUGUGAAUGAAUCAGACACAUCAGUGGUGUUGGAGAUGAAAUAG